GCGCGGAUCGCGAACCGCCACAGUGUUGUCGACGAGAAGGAUACACGAAGGCGAGAAAUUCUUGUUUUUUUUUUUACAUCCGAACAUCGAAAAUCACGAGGAAAACGAUGGUGGAUGCACACUCUAAAGGGUCAUCGAACGAAUAAACUCAAUUGCCGUGGACACGUAAACCAUUCGUGGGUGAAGUGAAACACAUGUGUCGGCCGAACCGUGUUUUCUACUGUAGGGCGCCCGUCCCGUGUUUGAUCCGUGAAAAUCUUCCGUUUAGAAAGCCAACUUGUACGCCAGCUACGAUUAUUACUGAGAUAUCAACGUGCCUGAUUUUCUACACGUCUAUUAACGCGAGGAGCCGCUUCUUCGAAAUGAUAUAGAACUGUUCACAGAAGGCGGCAGUGCGUGGGUGGGUGGGUGUCUAGCGAUUGCCACUCAUGUUCAGAAAAUUCCAAAAGGAAUUUUGCACAAAAUGUUAUCGUCGAACCAAUGAUACCUUGUAUCUCGAUUCCACGUUACCCCGUUCUGUCGAUACGUGUUAAUUGACGCAUUGUCCGGGCGGUUCUUCUCGAGCAGAAGAAAAAAAAUAUCAGUUAAAUUUUGGAGCAACACUGCUCUUGCUGUCAAUCUUUGACCAAUGUCAGUUUGGCAGUUUUAAACGAGUAUCAAUAUGAUACUGUUCCUCUGUCGUUGUCCACAUCAUUAAAAAAAAACCUGUACACUUGUAUCAUCGAGAUUUCGUAUUCAAACAUCUUGUUCCUCAUUAAACCAAUUUGUUUUUUAUUGUCCAAUGCUUCACGUUUAAAAAAGAAGUUUUGUAAAAGAUGCUUUCCUUAAAUUGUGAGACAUAAGUAUUAAAAUAAGCUUGGUGUGUGUGGAUGUAAGUAUUUAAAUAAGCUAUAGUUUAUAGCUUUAAAAGAAGGACCUCCUCGAGGUCCUGCCUCUUUCCUUGGAACCGAUAUUGAGUGGCUAAAGUAUGAAAGGUCAAGCGGAGAAAAAUGGGUAUCGGUAAAGUGUCAGCAUGCGUGAGAAGUCAGCAGAAUGUCAUGCUCACGCAGCUCACGUGAGGGGCACAACAGAGAUGUGCUCACGUGAUCCACCUACAUUGCAUUCGACCCUUACCAAGGCAAACGGCAAAAAUUCAAGUCCCCAGUCAACCCAUCAUUCGGAAACACGAAUCGACAACAAUUUGCUGCCAACACCUGGUGGGAGAUUAAAGUUUUUCAAGGAUGGAAAGUUCAUAUUGGAACUGUCCCAUCGUAGGGACGGAGAGAGAACUACAUGGUUCCCAGUUCCAAAAAAGACCUUCUGGCCACCGGCUAGCACGACUCCGAACAGACAAGAGAGUUCCACUUCCCUCAGUGUUUCCGAUGAUAACUCGUCCGUUCAAUCAAGUCCUUGGCAAAGAGACCAUUGUUGGAAACAAGCAAACCCGAGACGUAGAAUAUCUACGGAGUUUAACUUCUACUACUACAGAAAUCCAAAAAAUCGUCUAUGCGCGCAUCCACGCUUGAUCGCUAGAAAGCGUAGACGUCCGUUAGAUCCCACUUCGCAGCUGUUCGUUUCCGAGACGGUAACGAAUUACAGCAAGCCAGCUCGCAAAGCGAACGGCGCACCGACAGGGAAGGUUCUGAACAUGAUCAUCGACAAGUUAGCGCGUCUCCUAGACCCUAACGUCGUUUCACCUCGCAAACGUAUAUUACGCGAAUUAGAGAGAGUGUCUUUGGAGGACCAAGCGUCGAAAAGGCGCGCGACGCCGCAACCAGUUUGUACGACGACCGCACCCACUUCAUCGCCGAAGCAAUUGUCCUCAUACAGCAUAACUAGUAUCUUGGGAGAGGACAAGCCGAGUCACGAGCAAGGGUUCUUGAGAAAUUUGUUGAAACCUGACGACAGACAAACUGUGAAAUACUCAUCGAGCAAUUCGUAUCCGAGAGUACGAAUGGAUCCGUACAUUGGUACAGUGAACGCGCCGCUCCAGCAUCCGCUUUACGUGCCGAUGCUGCCUCCCGGACCGUAUAGAGCUCCGUUAUGGAUGCACUAUCCGUCACCCGUCCAUUAUCCACCUCCCAUGCCGUUGUACGCGCCACCGCCACCUCAUCCGCCGUCUCCUCCGGUUCAUCAUUACAAAGACUACAGAGAACAAACUCUCACACCUCCUUCAGAUAUGCCUCUAAAUCUGUCGAAGCAUGCGGGUUGAAUCUCAGGAUCCUAAAAGUUGGUGCCUUAUGGACAAAAACUACGUAAACACUGCCCGUGCAACGACAAUGCGAUAUAUUAGUAUUUUUUUAUCCGUAAACAGUAGAAUUGUAGUAAGUAGAAAUACGUAGCCAGGGAGACAAAAGUCUGGCUGCUAUUCUUGUACAUAAAAAAAUGCAUAAACUGUCCAAGUUGGCAUAGGUAUUUUACACGAAUAAUAAAUUAAAAUCAUGAGUAGUAUAAUAUAAUUUUCAUCGUAAUUGUGACUAUUGCUCCGUACUUUAUCGCGUACGUUUCACGGUCGUAGUUCGAGAGAUAAUUUUCUACGAUUUCUUUUUUUGCCAAAAUGCGAGAAGCAUGAACGUGUUCAAUAGCAUCGAAUUCGACUUCCUUUGUUACUCGUUUACUACUCAUGAUUGAAAAUAAAAUCGCGAUGGAAACAAAAGAGCAUGCUUUAAUCUCGUGCAUCUCACUUACACAUUAUCUUGUUAUUCUUAUUAAUGUUACAUGUCAUUAUUAUCAUUACUAAAUGAUAAGACUACCCAUUUAAAAAGAUUCAUAAAAAAGACAUAGAAUUAUGUACAGAACGCAGAUUAUUUUAUCUAUAUUUAGUAUAAAUAUUCCUACGAAUAAUAAUACGAUAAUAAAUCUAGGUGUAAUAACAUCUACAACAGUAUACAUUUAUUUAUAUAUAAUAUUGAUGAAGGAGGAAGAAGAAAAAUUGCUUGGUAAAGACCGUGGGGUGUGCCUUAAAAGAAUACCUAAAUUGCAUCAACACUAAAUUAUAUACGUUUCCAUGGAUAAUGUAUUAUUAUUACUGCUGCCGCCACUGUGUAUAUAUGAAUAUAACUUUGCGUUGCGUGUUUACAUCAAAUCGACAUAUUCGUCACUAUUUAUUGUUAGUCAGACGCAUUACCAAACGUUUUACGCGAAAGGCAAGCUCACACAGGAUCUAUAAACUAGUGAAUAACUACAAUUAUUCAUUUACAUACAUUUUUUUAUUAAUUGAAACAGAUGAAAUAUGUGACUGUGCGCAAGACAUUGUAUAGAAAGACUAAUUUCGUAAAUAUAUAUAAAUAUUUCACAUACUA